AUGAAUCCAGCAGACCCGGCAAGUGUGAUCGCCCUGACUCAGGCUUCUCUGCAAGUCAAGAAGAACAAGACGGAAGUGCUGCGCAUUCUUGACGACGCUCUCGCCAACUCUCCAGACUCCCCUGAAUUGAUAGCAACCUACGGUCUGUAUGCAGAGACUUUGCUCAACAACGCACAGAUUGCAGAGGCUAUGUACAGACGGUCAAUUGAGAUAAAUCCGAAGAAUCCCACCACCAUAAACAACCUAGCGUCUCUGAUCGAAAAUGUGAACAGAACGGAAGCAAGCAGGCUCUACAACAUGGCCCUUGCACUAGGUCAUUUCGAUGUUCUAUGUCGAUUGCGAUCGAUUUCUAUGGAAGUGCAGCACUUUGGAAGCGGAGGAGACUGCAGCAGGGAGGAAGACAGAGAGAAGGCGGCAGGUGCGGCAGCUGCCAAGCUCCUGACAACCGCCUUGACGUUGGAGCCAAACAACGCGCAUGUGCUGCUCAACUUCGGGGCUCUGAUGGAGGAUUGGGCUGAAAACUAUGCGCUUGCUAAGGAGAUUUAUAGAAAGGUCUGUCAAUUCAGUCCCAUGGCGCUGCGCAUCGAUCCAGAAAAUCUGAACGCCGUAGCGUAUUUCAGCAGAACUUUGAGAAAAGAGGGUCAGUACGAGAAAGCCACAGCUAUACUCAAACGAUCCUUAGCGAAGCAUCCUUCGGACAAUACCCUAAGGCGAGAACUGUGGCGGGUCAACGCGCAGAUCAAGAUAGAGAAUGAAAAGAAGGUGCGUGUUGGUUGA